CCGCUAACACAAUCGGACGCACGUUAUUUCGUUAGCUGUUGGCGCUGCCCUUACGCUCAUCCGCUAGAUCCAACGGUGUUGUGGCCGAUAACAUACCGUUAGUUAACGCAUCUGGCGACGAUCAAGUGAAUCAAAAUGCAAGCUGGUCAUGUGGCGAUGCGCGCGGAAUAGUAUUACAGUACUUACAAUGCGUAUGGCAAAAAGAAAUCUAUUGUUGGCUCUGUGCCGUGCCUUGUGUAGACGAACUUGAAGGGGAAUUCGAACGAGAAACAAGGCCCAGAUAUGUUCGAUAACGAGAAAAAAAAAUAAGGAUUAGCGUUCACACGUAUGUUGAAGGCUCUGCCGAAAAUUAGCAAGCACAAAUCACGCUGCCAUCAGUAGCGCAGUCAGCAAAAUUCGGAGCAAUCAUUCGUUAGCAAAUCCGAACAGGGCAUAGACCAAGUGUUUGUUCAGACGUGAAUGACAAGUACUUUGUUGUUAUGUGAGGCUGCCAAUUGAUAGACGUUUAGGUUUGAAGACGUACGUGAACAGUUUAAGGAUCGAACAUCCGUGCGAUAACACGCACCUGUUGUCGAAUACGAAUGUCUUGGACACAGACGUUGCGGGAGUGUUUCCUACUGGGAUGGACGAUUCGACGGAUGUGAACUUCUCUAAAGGAUAAAAUAUAGUAUCUAGAUACUGUGUACGCCGCGACGCAAUUCGCGGCUAUGCAAUUCCCAUGCAGAUUUUCUCUUUACAGGAUGAGUUACGGUGUCCUGAUGCGCCCUAUCAUCUUACUACUAUCGUGCCCCUUUUGCAAUCUGUAAGGGACUUGUGGGCGUCCCUCAAGAGCCAGAAUGUGGCCCCACUUCUAUCAGGCCAGCAUGCACCUUUGCGCCAUACUCGUACUGAUUAUAGGAACACUGCCGAACGGAAGAGCCAGCGUGAAAUUGAAGCAGUCAUCGGCAGAUUAUAGAAAAACGCUAAAAAAGGAAUCACAUUUAGGCAAGGAACAGCAGCUCAGCCAGCAAUCAUCGCAAAUUGAUGGCACGCAUGUUUAUGGCAGCGGAAAACGCGACAAUGGCAGCUCAAUAAUUAUCGUUGAUACUUCCUCGCGGCUUCGAGUGUCUAGGCGUCGGCGUUCAGUUCUUCAGCUUGCCUCCAUGUUGAAGUGUGUGACUGGAUGUAGUCCACUCUCAUUUCACGGCUAUGGGUGUUUUUGCGGAUAUCUGGGCGAUGGAGCCCCGGUGGAUCCCAUCGAUAUGUGUUGUCUCGAGCAUGACUGGUGUUACUCAGCGACGCACUGUUCGCAUCUAUCGACAUAUUUGCUUCCGUACUAUUGGCACUGCACCGGAUCGGGAUUCGCUUAUUGCACCUUAAGCGAUUCGUUUGGUCCCUAUACUGGCUGCGGUCAGCAGCUUUGCGAAUGCGAUCUGCAGUUCGCUCAUUGCAUUAGUCGGUACCCUUGUCCUAUAGAUCGGGCGCGUUGUCGCUACCGGGAGCGUUCCGUCACACGAAGCGAAGGUGGAUAGCAGGAGCUGAGCUCUGCCCUCAACGACUGGAGGGGACAGGUAAUUGCAUUCAAUUUCGACGAUUCUCAGUUACAUCUUUGGCAUAUCAGACAACGUUUAUAGCAGUUGUUUACUGAGCUUGUCAAAGGUCAUCGAGAGUAAAUGAACAAGAGAAUCGGGCGACAGCCAUGGCUCCGAUCGUUCAAUGGACGUGUAACGAGAAAAAUAUUUAUUUUACGACUGCAGUUAACGGGUUACUGACAACAGUUAUAAGCUAAAAUAAUACUCCCUUGCAAGUCUGAUGUAGAAAGAAUAAAAAUAAUUACAGAUUAUCUGAACAAUCAAGUUGGUUCUACAAGCACAGUAACUUAGCCGCGUUAUCUCAAACUAAAUGUGCCUUUGGUUGUCGAGCAAGGCUCUUUCAGUGAGAUCUUUUUCAGUUGUAAAGGAGUUACCUUCAAGAUUGAGCAAAUGAUCAGUAUGCUACCAUAGGCCUAACGUCAACUAGCACGAAAUAGUAAUAGGCAUUGUCUGUGGCCUUAUGCUUAGCUUUUCGGUAGUAAAGCAGAAAAACAGCGUAAUUUAGUCGGUAGCAGUCUUUUAGUUUAUUAGAGACCUACUUGGUGUUUGUGUCUCGGCCAUUUAAAUAUUCGAUGGGAGCACGUUUACAUACAAACUAGCUCCCUGAGACUUCUAGAAGGGGUACUCAAUAAACGACGGAGCUUCUACGGUCAGACAUUAAAUAAAAUGUUAUCUUUACUAUUAAAAACAUACAUAAUUGUUCGAUUCGUUUGUAGAAAGCGGCUAGCGCUUACCAACUAAAUAAGCGUAAGUGUAAUAUUAAGAUGCUUUUUAUGCAUUGUAGUGAUAACAUAUUCGUUGUUUCUUUAUUUAAUCACGUCGGUGGUGCACUACAUGUCCGUGGGUGGCGGGGCUUGAACCAGCGACUCCGGCUGUCCUUCUUCAGCUCGAGAGCGAUGGCCCAUGUGCGAAGAGAGCGAUUGGGGACCUCGUAGACCACAUCCUCAAAGACGCUGAUGACGACGAUGCAAAGAAAAAACAGUGAAGAAGAAGAAAUCUAAGACCAAGGUCAAGUUAAGCGCGGGCAUCCACACGUAGCCAUUUUCCCAAAACAUAAGGGCAAGGGAGGAUACAAUGAGUAAAUGGCAGCAGCAAUGGGAAAAUCCACGCACUUACGGAGGAGGAGAACCUCCUGGCAGCUGGACCCGACAUCUAAUACCAGAUGUCAGAAAAUGGUAUAGCAGUAGUCAGGGAGAGCUAACAUAUUACCCUGCCAAGUUUUGUCGGGACAUGGACAGUUCCAGACAUACAUGACAAAGAUUGGCAAAACGCAAGUGGACAUCUGUGUGCUCUGCGAGUCGGGCAUGGAGGACGGAGUAGAACACACUCUACCUCACUGCCAGGCACUUAACGUGCUCAGAGACAAACAGGUACGCAGGGAAGUACUAACAAAGAGCAGUGCUAAGGAGAUGGUGGAUAUGAUGAUAAAGGACAGGACGAACUGGGCCAAAGUUACGGCUUUCUUUGACGAUAUGAUGAAAAGAAAAGAACAACUAGAAAGGAAGAGGCGUAAGAGAAUAGAUGAAGGGCAUACCCGAAACAUUCAUGGGCCCGAUGCACAACAACUGGAAUUAGCGGAAGUACAGGGAGAACGGCCACCCUUGAGAUCUAGAGUUUACAGUCAGGAGGAAAGCCAGAAUGGAGGAUGGACUGGAACGGCUCAAAGGGAAGGAAGAUGAAAUGACCGUUCCUGCAAGUCAU